GUUGCGCUACUCAUUUGUGCGUGCCCUUUGAUGCGUGCCGCGCGGACGAGGCGCGUGCACCUCGCUUGAGGCUGGUCUGCUGCCCCAAUGGCACCAGCAGCCCCUCGAGGCUGCAGAUGGUGCACCAAAUGUAGGCUGCCGUGCGCCUGGAGCAUGCGCACGUCGCGUGCGCGCACGGUCACGGUGACGCUUGCCUUUUAUCCCGAAUGUGUUCUUUUCUUGGAUUCGAUGCCAGCGGCGACCAAUUGCCUGAGGCUUGCGCGGAGGGAGUUAUUGGUGCGGACGAAGUUUACCGUGGCAGGAUCACUCUAGAUUCGCGAGGGCGUACCCUCAUUGAGCGCGAGCGAGGUGGAGCCGGUGCCUCGGCUCGGUGCAUGCUUUGAGGCUCUGCACGCGACGCACAAGACGCGCUGGGAUUAUCGCCCACGCGCGGACAGCACAGCGAGCCGUAGGCAAGGCUGUGCGCACGUCUCGGCCCUGCAAGACCGCGGUUCUGCAUUUUCAUCCACCUCCCUCAAAAAGAGCCACAUCCGGCUGAGCGCCGCUAGCCAGCGCGGCGCGUAGAAAGUCCCGCCGGCGAGGCGAGGCACCCCCAGGAAGCGCCGCGGAGCAGCGGCGAGCCGGUCCCCCGUCGCGCGGUCUCAAACCGCGCGCGCGGCCGACCACACCCCUAACAAUCGUGAAGCGCCCCAGCGGCGGCGGGGGGUCGCCGUCGAAGAUGAAGCUGCGGGAGAUGAACGACUGGAAGAUCUCCAACGACACGCUCAAGCUGGGCGUCGAGUUGGGGCGAGGUAGCUUUGGGAUCGUUAUGGCGGCCGAGUGGAGACAUACACCUGUAGCAUUGAAAAUUCUAUUCGCGGACGCCCAAGCCGACGAUAAAGUACUAUUUGAGAAGGAGGUGCGCAUGAUGGCUACUUUACAUCAUCCCAAUAUAGUACAAUUUCUCGGGUAUGCGAGGACGCCAGCUUUGACUUUGGUGAUUGAGUUGUUCCCGGAGGGCUCUGUCGAAAGGUUCGUCCCGAGAGAGAAGCCGGGCCAGAAGACAUCCCUGAGAUUCUGCAUCGACAUGGCUUUAGCGAUAGAGUACCUGCAUAGCAGGCAGCCGUCGAUCGUGAUCCAUAGGUGCUGACUCAGCGUCUGUUUCCGGAUCGAUGGCGUUGUCACGAGGCCGCGUCGCCUCGACGUCGUCGACGCGGCCGCAUGAGAGUCUACGCCCGCGGCAAUUUCGCGACGGCGUCGUUCCGCGCAGGGACAUAAAACCCGCGAACUUCCUCCUGACGGCGUCGCUACGCGUGAAGCUCGGCGACUUCGGCAUCGCGCGCACGCGCAAAGGCAAAGGCGUGGAUCGGACGCGGUCGUGCGAGAGCCUGGCCACGAUGCUAGAUUCGAGCAUGCACGGCGUGUCGUCGCUGGGCUCCAUGGAGGACCACGCCCAGGCCGACGCCGAGCUUAGGGUGUCCGGUGACGACCUCACGUCGAACUGCGGGACCGUGCGCUUCAUGGCUCCGGAAGUCGCGGCCGUCGACGGCGCGCGCACGCAAGCCUACGACUCCAAGGCGGACAUCUUCUCGCUAGCCAUGGUCUACUACUUCGUCUGGGAGCGCGCGCUACCCGGCAUCCCCGAGUGCAACAAGCCUCCUUUGCAUCUGGCGGCUUUGAGGCAAGGGCGGCGGCCGUCGUACGGCCGGACGCCAAAGCCCAUAAGAGAGCUCGUCAACCACAUGUGGCGCCUGGAACCACAGGAUCGCCCGUCGGCGGCCGACGUCCUCGACUACCUCUACAACGUCAAGCACAAGCCGACCUUCGGUGGUGGUGUUUUGAAGGUGACGCCGCCCGCCACCGGUGGUUUGUUCGCCGCGGUGCCGCCGGCGCCGGGCCACUGACGUUCAAUUCCCCUCCCUACACAAAAACCUUGUGUUGUACUCGUCAUCUAAACCAGAAACAUCGA